CUACUCAUCUCCACUCUUUUGUGUGUGUGUGUAUAUAUAUAUCAUAUCUCUUUUCCCCUCUCCCCCCUCCUGUCAACAUUAUUUGAUAUCAGUUUCCGACCACCAUAGUCAUUCAGAAUGACAAAUGUGGUGGAAGUGAGAGUGGGCUUGCACUGUGAUGAAUGCAUAAAGAAGAUCCUGAAGGCCAUCAAGAAGAUCGAAGAGAUCGAAACGUAUAACGUGGACACAGAGCUGAAGAAGGUGAUCGUCACCGGCAACGUUACGACGGAGCAAGUCAUCAGAGCUCUUCAGAAGAUUCGCAAGAAUGCUACCCCCUGGCACCAACCUCAGCCCAACUCCUGAAUCUCUCUCUAUUCUCUCUUCAUUCUACAGACUACAUGUAUACAUAUGCAAGCUAUGAGAUUUUCAGAUUGUAGGAGGUGACUACUUAAUUUUUGGAGGCUUAUAUACCUUCGCCUCAGUUUUGUAGCCCCUGAGCUUUAUCUGCGUAUUAUCGAUACUCAUUUAAGUUUUUGACUCAAAAUUUUGACUAUUUGUCU